CUCGGAUAUGCAUCAUGCUGCUUUGCUGCUGGUCCAGCUAUUGCUACUUACAGAUUACACACUAGCAGACGAUGUCGGCUUCGACUACGAUCCUACAGAUUUGACGGCUUGGGAACACGACUAUGGCCACUACCCCUAUCGAACGUUCGAGUCUACCGAUUUGACUCCUCCAGUGGUGGCACACAAAAUCGAUUCACCAGCAUGUCAGGAUGGCUUGCUGACAUUCCUCACGCCACGAGGUACCGCCGUCAAUGAAAGCCGUGGUAUGGUAAUACUCGACGACCAAGGAGAACUUGUAUGGAUGCAAAAGACGGAGGGACAACCCUACAAUCUUGAUGUACAAACGUACCAAGGCGCUCCACAUUUGACCUACUGGCUAGGUGAUGACACUGUCGGAGGUCACGGAGAAGGAGACUACUAUCUGCUAAAUUCGUCUUACGACCUGGUCGCAAAGAUUUCUGCCUUGGGCGACCUACGUGCCGAUCUACACUCUUUAACCCUUACACCAAACGAUACCGCCAUUAUCAGUAUCUACGAGCCAUAUGAGAAAGAGAAGGGAGGUCAUUUACAAUACAUAUGGGACUGUUUGNNUUUCCAAGAAAUCGAUAUAGCGACCAACAGCCUUGUCUUCCAAUGGCGUGCCUCAGACUAUCACGAUACGUCCGAAUCAUACCAUGAUCCACGCUAUCAUGGGGAGGGAGCGACCAAUCACACGCACUGGGACUGGUAUCACCUCAAUUCCGUCGAGAAAGACGACUUGGGCAACUAUCUUAUCUCAGCUCGGUACACUCAUUCUAUAAGCUAUAUCGAUGGUCAGACUGGCGACUUGAUCUGGACGCUUGGAGGCAAACGCAACAUGUUCACGUCAGACGACCAAGCCUUCAAUUUCUCGUCUCAGCACUUCGCGCAUUUUCACUCGGUUGACGAGUUUCCGAGUUUGGUCACAGCCUUUGGUGCUAGGCAAGAAGGCAUCACCACACGCUUGAUCAGUCUUUUCGAUAACAGAAAUGACGACAAUUGGGAUUCUGGGUUGGCUUCGAGAGGACUGCUCCUUGCUGUUUCCUAUCCCACCCAUCCUGACCCUGAUGGCAAGACCAACAAGAAUGACUACAAGGCUCAUAUCGUCCGCGAGUAUCUUCACCCCAAUGAGUUGAUUGCCGAUAGUCAANNGGGAAGUCUUCAGGUUAUUCCUGCUGCUACUGCUGACCAGGAUCCAAGCGUUCUAGUCGGUUGGGGUGCACGAUCGGUAUGGUCUUCAUACUCUUCCUCGGGCGAGCUCUUGUGCGAUGAUCAUUUUGGUACCGAGGCCGCCAUACUCAAUGGAUCUGUCCAAUCCUAUCAUGUGAUGCGGUACCCUUGGAUUGGGAUACCGAGCGAACCUAUCUCGGCUGUCUACAACUCUGAUCGAGACAGCCUUUUCGUCUCCUGGAAUGGAGCUACGGAGGUUGUUUCAUAUGCACUGCAGCACAAUGAUAAUAGCAACGACUAUUAUGCUGAUUGGGUUUAUAUUGGCAUUACUCAGAAGGAAGGGUUUGAAACAGAGAUCGCUAUUGGCGGUUGCGUGACGCGAUUUGUACGUGCCGUUGCAUUGGACGCAGAUGAAAAUGUGCUUGGAGUUUCGGAAGCGCUGGAACUGCCUUUCACGAAGGGAUUUCAUUGCGACGAGAUCAACAACAUGUACAUCACCUCGGACGGCAAGACCCUCUCGGCAGCACCCGUGGCUUUGAUCAUGGCCGCCAUGUCUUUGACAAUGUUCUCCAUCCUUUUGUUUGAGAGUUGGCGCGUGUACAAAGCAUGGCGAAAGAAGAAGGAGCAUGCAUAUUAUCGCUUGGAAGUCGACCCGUACCUU